UGCUGGUUUCUGUCAUUUGUUGAUUCAUCAGUGGAAGAGAUUGGUUGGACAAAGUCUUGAUUCCUGUUGACACAGUGUGGUAUAUAUUAUUACUAUUUCCAUACCUGUUACCAUAAAAGAUAAAAUGGCGACGAUAAGAUUUACUGAAUUCGUUGAGAAGAAAGUAAGAUGUUGGUUUAGAAUGAUGGAUAUCAAUAAAAAUGGUUCCCUUGGUUUAGACGACUUUGUCUUGGUAGCAGAUCGCUUUGGUCAAGAAUACAAUUUAUCCACUGGAGAAAGAAAAAACAUCCAAAACUGGUUACAGAAUGGUGUUAUGAUGAUUUUGGAGAGAGGAAUGUCUACCAAAACUGACUUGCCACUAUUUGCGGAAAUUCAGAAAGACAUCGAAAAGGGUAAAAAGGUUUCAGAAGAUAGAUUUGUAAAAGCAUACGGCGAGUUUGUCACCCUAAAUCCUGCUUCUGCUAAGGAAUCCAUGACAGAAAUGGUUGGAGUUUUCUUUGAUAUAUUCGAUAACGACAAGAAUGGCUCCGUUUCUAUCAGUGAGAUGGCAGUUGGUCUGAAAUGUUUUGGUAUGGAUCCUGAAUUUGCCAAGUCUAUUGGGGGAAUGUUUAAAGAAACAGAGAACCCAGAUGGUAAAAUAAGUCGACAGAGUUACAUUGAUCUGUGGGUAGAUUUUCUGGUUUCAGAGAACAAAGAUAACCCACUUCUAAAAGUAUACAAAUUAAAUUAAAACACUCAAAGUUUAAAGUUGCUGGUGACAAUUUUAGGGACAAUAUUUAAUUUUUCACUGCACUUAAAUAGAUUAUUUAAUAGUCAAAGAGGCAUUAGCCUAAGAUUAGAUAAAGAGCUGAAAGUUCUCGCUAUAAUAGUUAAAAAAUAGAUAAUGAAAACAAAAUAUGCUGAAAACUUCAGUCAAAUUGCUUCACUCUGAACCUAGAUAUUAGCAAUUGAAUUUUAGGCUAGUCUUGGUCAUCAUUACUCACGACUGUAUGAUAAAGUCUUGAUUAGCCAUUUUUACGUUAAAUUAUCCGUUACAAAAUGUAUUCAAAUCCAGAAUGGAAUUGCACCAUCUUUGAACUGAUGGUCCUUUUAGAGAUCCAAAUUUGAGAAUAUUGUAGUAAGAAAUCCUUCAAAUGAUAUCCAAUAUUUAAUUUAUUGACGAAAAUCCUUGGGUUUAUAGAAAGUUUUCUAUGGCUUAGUCUAACUGACAGCCUAUUAUGGAUACAAAUUCACAUAGCAAAUUAAAUUUAGGAAUUCAAACAAAUUUUAAAUUUUAAUUUUUUUGAAAUCAAACCUUUUACUAUUUUUAAAUUUAAGUCUUACAAUUAUUAUAUGAUAAAUGUCAAUUUAAACUUUCAUAUUA